AUGUCCUUUUCUGACUUCUCUAAGAUCGAAACUUUGAAACAGUUGAACACCUUCUUGGCUGACAAGUCAUACGUCGAAGGUACUGCUGCUUCUCAAGCCGAUGUUGUAGCUUUUAAGGCUUUCCAAAGUGCUUACCCAAACUUCUCUAGAUGGUUCAACCACAUUGCUUCUAAGGCCGAUGAGUUUCAAACUCUACCAGCUGCUACCGCUUCUGCUGCUGCUGAAGAAGAAGAAGACGAUGAGGACGUUGACUUGUUCGGUUCUGAUGAAGAGGAAGACCAGGAAGCUGAGAAGUUGAAGGCUCAAAGACUCGCUGAAUACAAUGCUAGAAAGGCAGCCAAGCCUAAGCCAGCAGCCAAGUCUAUUGUCACAUUGGACGUUAAGCCAUGGGAUGAUGAGACUGACUUGGAAGCUUUAUUGGCUAGUGUCAAGGCCAUUGAAAUGGACGGUUUGUGCUGGGGUGCUCACCAAUGGAUUGCAGUUGGUUUCGGUAUCAAGAAGUUGCAAAUCAACUUGGUUAUUGAAGAUGCAAAGGUCUCUUUGGAUGAGUUGCAACAAGCUAUUGAAGAGAACGAGGACUACGUUCAGUCCACCGAUGUUGCCGCUAUGCAAAAGUUGUAA